AUGUCCAGCUCAAGACCCUCAGCACUCCCUCAUCUCCCCCACGACGUCGUCCUCCUCAUUCUCGACCACAUCGAUGACACAGCCGGCCCCUCCACCCUCGCUUCCCUCGCCCGCGUCUCUCGAUCCCUUCAUCGAAAAUUUAUCCCCCUCCUCUACAAAUCCAUCACUCUCACCCAACACAACUGCUCAGAAUUCUUCUAUGGGCUAUCCCCUGCCGACACAAUCAACGAAGACGAGAGAGAAGAGUGGUGGGAAGAGGAGCUAGAGGACAAAAAGUCGGCGGUCGCGAGAAGGCUCGCGAUGCUGGGAUAUGUGCAGAAUGUACGCCUGGAGGAUUUCGAGGCUGUCACGAUAUGUCAUUCAGCUAUCGCCACUUUCCUUUCGCUGGAGCUCAAGGCCCCGCCAAAAAGCUGGUACGAUCCCAGAAAGCCGACAGACGACACUCGCAGCAGGCGCCUCCUCUUCCACAGCCGUAUUCCCACCAACGUCCACCUCUCCUCUAACCUCCUCGACUCUUUGCGAACUUCCGAAGCGCCUCUAAAUACGAAGACAUGGUGGAUUCCGCUGCUGCAGAGAAUGUUGAGGACCAGUGGGGUAUUGUCGAUGGAACAGCCCGAGGGGCCUGCUAUGCCGUACGUCUCGCGAUGUCUGGAGCCAAUCUGCCGGCAAAUUUGUCCACGGCUAUUGGUGCUCGACAGUUUUGAAGAAGGGGGUCUCGGCAGCAUGUUGUCUGCUUCUCAACGGGGUGUCGCCAUCCGUUUCAGAGAUGUAGAUGUGAAUAGUCGGAUCAAUGAACAGUAUUUCGAAGCUCUCAACUUGAUCUCAAUACAUAUGCGCCGCACGCCAAAACCCCUGUACUAUAUCAUUUACAACGUCUCGUCCAAAGGCGUUCCGGUAUCAUUCGGCGUCCCAAAACACAAAGGCGUUCCAGUCCCGAUCAGCGAGAAGGAGAGGAUCAGGGUAUCAAUCGUCAGCUACGCUUUUGUGUUAGCUGCUCAAAGUCCCCGCCAGAGGAGGGUGAAGCUCAAGGUUGUCAUGGCGGGCGUCGAGUCGGAGGUUUCGGUGGAUAAGAUGAGGAACGAUCUGGUGGAGUUUAUGAAGACGGGUUGA